AUGGUGAGUACCGCAGAGAAGCGGGACUCAGUGAUUUUUGAGGAUGUGGCCGUGGUCUUUAGCCAGGAAGAGUGGGCUUUGCUGGAUUUUUCUCAGAGGCAACUCUACAGAGAUGUGAUGAUGGAGACCUUCAGGAACCUGGAAUCAGCAUUUGUGGAUCAGUCAUCAUUCAAGCAUCACAUCAGAUCUCACACUGGUUACAAAUCUCAUCAUUGUACAGAAUGUGGAGAAAACUGCAUUUGUCCUUCUUACCUAAAACCUCCUCAUGUAAGAACUCACAGUGGAGAAAGACCUUAUGAAUGUAAGGAAUGUGGAAAAGCCUUUAGUUAUUUCUCAAGCCUCACUAGACAUAUACGAACUCACAGUGGGGAGAGGCUUUUUAAAUGUAAGAAAUGUGGGAAAGCCUUUAGUCGUUCCUCAAUCCUUGCUACACAUAUACGAACUCACAGCGGAGAGAGGCCUUAUGAAUGUAAGGAAUGUGGGAAAACCUUUAGUCGUUCCUCAAACCUCACUAGACAUGUAAGAAGUCACAGUGGAGAGAGGGCCUAUGCAUGUAAGGAAUGUGGGAAAGCCUUUAGUCUGUCUUCACACCUUACUAGACAUUUAAGAACUCACAGUGGAGAGAAGCCAUAUGAAUGUAAGGAGUGUGGGAAAGCCUUUGGUAGUUCUUCAUCCCUCACUACACAUAUACGAACUCACAGUGGAGAGAAGCCGUAUGAAUGUAAGGAAUGUGGGAAAGCCUUUACUCAUUCAUCAGCCCUCACUACACAUAUAAGAUCUCACAGUGGAGAGAGGCCUUAUGAGUGUAAGGAAUGUGGGAAAGCCUUUAUUUGUUCUUCCUCCCUCACUACACAUACACGAACUCACAGUGGAGAGAAGCCGUAUGAAUGUAAGGAAUGUGGGAAAGCCUUUAGUUUUUCCUCAUCUCUCACUAUACAUAUAAGAUCCCACAGUGGGGAGAGACCUUAUGAAUGUAAGGAAUGUGGGAAAGCCUUUAGUCGGUCCUCACACCUUAGGACACAUGUAAAAACACACAGUGAAGAAAGACCUUAUGGAUGUAAAGAGUGUGGGAAAGCCUUUAAGCAGUUUGCACAACUCACUAGACAUAUAAAAGUUCACAGUGGAGUGAAGCCUUAUGAACACAAAGAAGGUGGGAAAGCCUUUAGUCUGUUCUCACAUCUCAGUGACCAUAUUAGAUCUCACAGAGGCGAUAACCUACAUAGUAUGUAUGAAUGUGGGAAAGCCUUUAGUUUUUCCUCACUCAUAAGUAAACAUGUAAGAACUCACAGUGGAGGAAGGCCUAAUGUAUGUAAGGAAUGA